AUGCGUGUGUGCAUGAGUGUGGAUGACUUUGUCUCCGCCGUCAUCGACGUCGAUUACUCCCCCACCGGCCGCGAGUUCGUCGCCGGCAGCUACGACCGCAGCGUGCGCAUCUUCCCCCACGCCGGCGGCCACAGCCGCGACGUCUACCACACCAAACGCAUGCAGCGCGUCUUCGCGGUGAAGUUCUCGGGGGACGGCUCCUACGUCUUCUCGGGGUCGGACGACAUGAACGUGCGCGUGUGGAAGGCGGAAGCUUCCGAGCAGCUGGGGGUGACGCUGCCGCGGGAGAAGCACAAGCAGGCGUACCAGAAGGCUCUGGUGGAGCGGUACAAGCACCUGCCAGAGGUCAAGCGGAUUGUCAGGCACAGGCACGUGCCCAAGGCCAUAUACAAGGCGGCCAAGACGCGGCGGAAGGUGCAGGACGCCGACAAGCGGAAGCUCACCAACCGCAUCAAGCACAGCGCCCCUGGGUCCGUCACAGUCAAGCCAGAGCGCAAGAAGAAAAUCGUGGCGGAGGUGGAGUGA